UUUCAAGCUGAGCAAACCUGUUGAGCCUCAGUGAAAAAAGGGUGUUGGCGUCUGUCUGAUUUAAGAGUACGUUCGUCUAUUGUGUGUCGCUCCAUGCCCGACAUUUCCUGGUUUUCCCCCUACACACAUCUCCAUUUGGGUUUAACGCGUGUCGGAGGUGAAAGAGAGUUUGAAGAUGGCGAAUAUCUCUGCUUUGCUUUUAUUGACAUCAGUUGCGUCCCUUGUGUUCGCAGAGGAGCAGAAAGAAAUGGAGGAGGAGGAUCCAUUUACCUUUGAUUAUCACAGGCUACGUGUUGGGGGGUUGAUCCUGGCAGCAGUUCUGUGUCUGAUCGGCAUCACCAUCCUCUUCAGCGGACACUGCAGAUGCAAGUUCAACCAGGACAAAAGGAGGAGAUCAGGAAGCAACGCUGCCCAGCCACUCAACGACCAAGCUCGGGCCAGUGAGUGCUAGGAACCAAAUGCCCACCUGGCAGCAGGUCAAAUCGACUUCCUGGUUCUGCAUCAAUCAAGAGAUAAAAAUUGAUGGGUGGAGUUGGCCUGUUUUUUGUCUGAUGGAGGUUGUUUUUUAGAGAGUGGUGCUGUCUUCCCCAGAGGGAGGUGGUACUGUGCCAUUGGAGAUCAGAGGUGUGCUGCUUUUACCUGUGUUGCUGUUCUCCCUUCCGCCCAUUACUCCUGUUUCUGCUCCGCCCAAUAUUCACACUGUAACUCGCCACCAGCAAGCACACACAGACAGACAAAGCAGGACACGAUUUUUCCCCCAUGUUCUUUGUAUUUAAACAAAUAACCAAAAGAUGCUGUGUGUCGAUUCACUCAUUAUUUCAUUGCAAUGCUUUUCACCUUUAGUGACUCCAACUGUAUGUGGAAAUGAUGUGGUAGAUUUGACUGUUGGUGUGCGUUUUGAAUUGCCAUACUGUCUCCUAAUAAUCUUUCAUGCAUAUACUUUACUGUAAAAUAGGUACCGGUAGCCAUAAACUAUUAUAAUGUCAAUAACUAUUCACACACCUUUAUCCUGAUUAUUCCUAUAUUAACUUUUUAGUUGAAUGUAGAAAAGUGCACUGGUCUAUGCAGUAGAAUAUGUUGUAUGACAAAUGCAAUGUUUUUUAAUAAUACAGAAUGUUAUAAUUAUUUCAAUAAGCGGAUGAUAUAGUCUUGUUUGAGAGUGUUUGCCACCAAAACAAAAUGCAUGUUAUUUUAGUUUGCUAGAUACCACUCAAACAAUUACAGUCCCUGAAGAGGGUUUUCUCCCCAAUUGGCUUUUAAUGAGUCACGUCUAAAUUGAGAUGUCUCUUGCCAAAUGAGUAGAUGGUGUCUAUGUUUGUAAUUCAAAUGAAAAGAGUUACCUUUUACGGCUGUGUCCAAUGUUACAUUACAUUAUAUUAAUAGAUGCUGGAUCUCAAAAAUAAAAUAAGUCUCUGAUAGGCUCCUCAAAUGUAAA